GGUUCUGAUUGUUAAACAAAGCUGACUGGGGUCUGAGGGCCGUGGAUCGAGAUUUGUGAUGGUAAGUUCAAAAGAAAUGUGGUACAUUUAAGUAAUGUUUACGUUCUCGUUGUGGGUUUUUUUCUUCGCGAUGUAUGAUCCUCGCUUCCAGUAUUUCAUCAUUUACCGUAAUUUUGGAGUAAAUGAAUGUGUUCCAAGAAUUACUGCAACAAAAAGCUAUCUAAAACUGUUCCUUAGAGGAGGAUGAAGCUUCCUUUGACUUAUAAACUGAGCAGAACAGCACGUUUAAGAAUUUUCGGGAGAUUCCAAGUGAUACACUUGUUUGAGGCAUGGAAUAACUUGUACAUGCAGUAGUGAAUGUUCUUAUCGAGAAAACAUUAUAAUCUUGCUGUUCAUUCACUUCACCAUAUCUUACAAAUGUUCCUGAAGUUUUUUGUUCUUUGGAGAUCACUGUAUCCUAUCUGUAAAAGGCUAUAAAGCUGGAUAAACGUCCAACUGUAACUUACUGACUGGACUAGAUGUGCCCUUCACUCUGUUCAAAUCACUAAUUGUAAUGUUUGUCAAUGUAAUUUUUGAUGAGAAUGAAGCUUACUUUAAAUACAACUAGGUUAUUUUUGAAGAUAAGAUUAUCCAGUUGCUUUUUAGCGAGAAUUUAGACCAAAAGAUUGAACGAUUGCUCUGAAAUAGACGUGCUCUGUCAUCUCGAUAGAGUGUCUGCUCGUUUUGUUUACGAAUGUCCAUUCGAAGUUUUCGUGCAUGCCUCGCUGUAUAAAGCAGUAUUCUCAUUGAAGAGGAUGCAAAGUCCUCUAUACUGUUAAGUUGUAAAGGAGAAUUUAAGUGUUAUGUAGAGUUUACAUUCCUUGAAAUUGUGUAUUUUUUUUGAACGAGGAAACUUUUCUCAAAAAUACGUUGCACGACGUUUUCAUCAAAUCAACAGUCGUGGCAGAAGAGCCAUGCUUGCACUGAAAUGUGAAAACGGUUCUCUCUUCGUGAUAAAUCUUUGCAAAGCUGCUUUAUUCUUCUGUUCUGGCUGUUGAUUAAAGCAGCACAUUUGGUAACCGCUGGUUCUAUGACAAGUCGACAUUCGAACUAAGGAAACUUGGGAUAAGAUCAUCUAUAAUUCAAAGCAACUCCCUGCUCACGUCAUUUUAGAUUGCUCCAACUCGUUCCUUUUCGUUCUUUCGUCUUUCACCAGGCACAGUCUUCGGAGGAGCCUCCAUUCUUAACGGUGGGGACUGAUGUUAGUGCCAAAUAUCGCGGAGCUUUCUGCGAAGCCAGCGUGAAAGUCGUGAAGAAGCUUGUCAAAUGCAAGGUAAGCUUACAGUGAAGUGAACAUUGUGUUGGCUUACCAGGCACGAGUUUGAUACUCGUGUAUCCGUGUGGGUUGUGUUUCCUGUGCUUUUAAACUCUCUGAAUAUAUUUAUUUUUCCUUUUGCAGAUAACGAUUGCUAAAACAAAUGCGUCCCUGACAGUCAAUGAUGAUUGUGUAAAGGGCUCUUUGAAGGUGAAUUUUCUUUUUAUUGUAUGGGUUUCAAUGAAUGUUCCUCUCGACAAUUUCUUACUUCGGUUGCCCUCGUGUUGUUAUGAUACACUUGUCUUUGAGCACUUCAAAAUUAUUUUCUGAGGUUAUUUCUCGUUUUUUCAAAGGUUGGAGCAGUUGUUGAGGCCAAAACUCCUGAAGGAGUGAUGGAAGGAGUCAUCACUAAACUCACCGAUGCUAGUGUUUACACCGUUGGUAAACAUCAAUGAUUUUUCUUCUUAUCUGUGGUUUAGCUUAGGAAAAGAAACUUCCACCACACAGCUGAACCAUAAUAAGUUUCCAAUUUCAUUUUUGUUUACUUUUCUUUUUCAAGUUUUUGACGAUGGUGAUGAAAGAACAUUGAGGAGAACUUCUUUGUGUCUGAAGGGGGAAAGGCAUUUCAAUGAAAGCGAGGUAUGUAAUUUAAAGAAAAAUCAUUAUUCCGAUCUGUUUCUUUCAUUGUUAGGUCACUGAUCAGAGAGUGUAAAGAAGAGUUACAAGCCUUUGUUUUUGUUUCCUUACUCUUUAGACUCUAGAUCAUCUACCUCUGACAGAUCCCGAAAAUUUUGGUACUCCAGUUGUUCAGGUAUAGUUGAACUGCUAAUAAAAUUAUUGUUGCUUAUAAAAACUCCAGUUCUUAUUCAUGAUCAUAUCAUGAUCAUAUCAUUUGAACACUUGUUGUUCACUGUUUUGCAUUGUAGAUUAGACAUUUUUAUAUUCUUUUUCAUCAUCUUAUAUAAGAAAGUCAAUUUUCUUGAAAUAUCCACAACUUGUUCUCCCCUUGGCAAUUUGUAACAAAUAAAGAUUUAUUCAGAGAAGAGUUUGGAAGCCUAAAGUAUUGAAUCUAUACUCAUAAACAUUGGUAAUAUCCAAAGGAAAAGAAUGUUUUCCUAUUAGUAUACCUUUUGGACUUGAUUGGAAGGUUAUAAGACUGACAAAUAACAAUAAUUCGCCUUGCGAUCCAGUCGACAGUAACUAAAGCAAAAUAAUACCAGGUAACUGAUUGGCAUCAACAUUUGUUAAAAGGUUGAGACAUGCAAGGGCUAGAAGUGACAGGUGAUAAAGCAGGGAGAAUUCCCUUUGUUUUUUUUUCAAUAUAAAUUGUCAAUUUCGGGCUUGUUAUUGGAACUCAAUAAACACCUCAUUCCAAAAUUAUGGCGAUAUUACUUUCGUUUUCUGUUUAUGUUAAUUAACCCCAUUUGCCUCAGUUACAUCUGCAGAAUUCAAAAGAUCUUUUACCUUGAAGUGAGACACUUUAGGCCAAUUAUUAUGAGAAAAAACGAAAACUUAAUUAGCCUGCAUGUUGAAAUAAUGUGUAUAAAGUAAUUCCUUAUUUUGAACAUACCUUUGAGUAUUGUUUUUGUGUCCAAAUCAUUUUUAGCAAAAGAGUACUGAAAAUCAUUGUUAAAGGACAAAGGUCAAAGGGUUUCUUAUUUGAGAGUUUUUUGACUGCAACAAAUUGAUGUCUUCAAAUGUGUUGACUUGUUGAGUGAAAUGUUUGAAUGAUAUUAUUUCCCACUUAAACUUGUACAUGAUUGUCCCAUGCUUGGAUUAGCAAAUCACUCAGUGAUUUUACUAUAAAUAGUUAUGGUAGACUGUUGUCCAAAAGAUUUUGGCAAGAAGGCCAUUUGGAUUACUUGGGCAUUUUUGGCCUAAAUACAAGAUGGCCUGAGAAAACAGCCAAAAGUUCGCGUGUGAAUUGAUGUUUGAGGAAUGAGUGCAGAAAUUCGAAACUGAUGACUGGUCACUUCUCAGUUCCAGGUAGUGCUUCUGAUUGGUCUUGCCGCAAGAGAAAUUUGCUUCAACCAAUCAAAAGCACAACACAGAUCUAGGUAUAGUGUCAUGGCAUUAGUAUGAAAUUUUCUGCACUCAUUCCUCUGAUAUCAUUUUGUGGGGAAACCAGUGUUGGCAUUGCAAAAUGUCAGCUGUUUUCUCAGGAUAAGUACAGGACAAAAUUGUUGCCCAAUUGCAUAGAUGGAGCUGUUAAGUUAAAAUGUGCUCACCAAAAGUUAAAAACUAAUUGCCAUCUUAGCUACCAAUAUCAAAAGACAGCUUAACUGCAUCAGCAUCAAUUCAAAUGUGAUGUGCUUAUUUUUCAGGAUGGAAAGAAAAGGAAAAAGCGAAGAUUAAGUCAGGCGACAAGGUAAUAUUUGUAGUUAGCUGUCUCUUGCUUCUUUAAAGCUCAUUGAUUCCAGGGUCAGUGUAGACUUGAGCAUCCUUGAUUGCCCUUGUCCUACAGUCUAGAUAUGCUCCAGGUAAACAUGAAACCUUGUUGUAGAGAAACUGUAUUUUUCACCUUUAGUCUUACACUUCCUGGGGCGACUUCUGACAAAGUAGAGGGCUGGGUGGUGCAAUGGUGGGGGUACUCGCCUCCCACUAAUGUGGUAUGGGUUUGAAUCCCCGACGUUAUGCUACAUGUUAGUUUGUUGUUGGUCCUCACCCUUGCACCAGGAAGUUUUUCACCAGGCACUCCAGUGUCCCCUCUCCACAAAAAAGCAACAUUCCCCAAUUCCAAUUUCAUCAGAGAUAUUAGGCAAAAAGCACCGUAUGGAUGUGCCACCUCUGAAUCAUUAUUUAUUAUUUUUGUUUAAUUUAUUCUUAUGGAAUUCAUGUUAGAAAGGGUAAGGUGUGUUGUCCCCACCUCCCCCCCGCUUCCUUGCUCUUCCUGUGCAGAGUUACAGUGCUAGCAACAAACCUGCCUGUUGCCAACGAGAAGGGAGAGUGGAUCUGAAGUAGCAGCCGGUUUGUUACAUCCCUUGAGGUUGCACCCAAUAACAGAAUUGUCUUGAGGUUUUUGCCGUCUUUUGGAAACGUAUUUUAUGUUGGUUUUCAGUCUGGAUGACUCUGAGACAGAACGAGAUGAACAAAGUGGUACUGCACCAGCUCCUUCAAAGAAGAAGUGUUUGUUUGAUGACAGCAUUGUUGGCAAGGUAGGGUCGAUAUUUCUGAUGAAGUGAAUAUGAGUACAAUUCGUUCAAAAAUUACAAAGGCAUUGUUAUAAAUUUAAUUAUUCCUUUGUUAUGUUCAUUUAGGUUGUUGUCGUUGAAAGUGGAUCAAAAAGGAGAAACAUGUGGUUUCCUGCUUUGGUAAUGUGUUUGUUUAUUCAUCGGCUUGUUUUGCAAAUUCUCGAUCUUUUUACCCUUUAAUUACAAGUCUCAGUUUCUCUUGUCAGUAAUAAUCGGCCUUUGAUCCAAAUUGUUAGAGUUAUUGCACCUAUAUGUAAGUGAAAUUGAAUGAUUGCACUGGAACUUCAUCAAGAAUGUUUUUGAUGGAGCAUGUGCUUUUUGGUCAUUUGGUCAACAUUGUUUUUGUUUCCUCAGGGGGUCAAUCCUAGUAAGAAUGAAGUUGAUUUGAUCAAGUCAAAAGAUAAAUGUCUUGUACGCUCAUUCAAAGAUGGGAAAUAGUAAGUAAUUAACUAGCAGUGAUACAGGGUUCUCAAUAGAAGGCGGCACCCGGCGAUUGAUCGCUGCUUACUUUGGGAUUUAUAGCCGCUUACUUUGUGUUUAAGUCGCUUUUCUUUGCUUUGUUUUGACACGUCUCGCUUUGCUGAAGAGCCUCCUACUUUAUCAGUGAUCACCUCCUACUUAAAAAUCUAUUGAGAACCCUGAGUGAUACAGUUACAGUGAAUAUCUUGAAUAGCUUUAGUUUUGCUCAUGCUUUAUGGCUAGUCAUUUUAUGCCUAGUGCAUUUUGUUAAUAUCAGCUGUAAGCUAGGUUGCUAUAGGCUUUCCAGGGCUCAAAAUUGCGACUCACUGGUGGCCAUUGCGACUAAAAAUUGAGGACUGGUGACUAUAUUUUCCUGUGAAACUCACAAAACCUUGAAUACCAGAAAUAUUUAUGGAAUGUUGUUGUGUUGUGAGAAAUAAGCCAAUAAGGCACCAGAUAACUAAACCGCAAACAGCAACGGUAAUUAUUUUGUGGUUUUGAGGUGUGCUUGUAUAUCCUGAACUUUAUUGUAAUUGGCCAGUAGACAGUCAACAUUCCUGAAAAUUUUCAGAUGUUCACAGUUUUCUGAGCUUGACAGUAAUACCUGGUCAUCAACGGGCGAGUCAUGUUAUGUUUCAAUAAGGUAACAGCUGUUACCCUCAUCUCUUAUAUUAUUAUAUGGCAUUGCGUUUCAACCUGGCAGUAAAACUAAGUAGCUUUCUGUGUUGUUCAGCAGCUCAAACACUGCACGAACAAAAUUACAGUACUUGCAGUCUACAAGCACUGCCUGUAGGAUUUUUUUAAAAUUCACAAUCCUCUCAUGGUACACAUACUAGGAAAAAAGUGCGGCAAUGUGAACUGCAGUAUUCUAAGAAUAGAUUCUAUUAAUACUAGUGUCAGUGACUUGUAUUUUGUAAUAAGUCCAGCAACUUACAAUACAAAUGAAUGUUCAAAUGAUUCCUUGUGCUUUGCAGUCAUGUUAUAAAUGUUAAGGAUACAAAGGAUUUUUCAAAGGAUCAGGAUCCAGUACAUGCGGUACUGAAAGGAGAAAACAGGAAGUUAAAAGCAGGUAUGGUUUGGGAUACUCCACAUAGCUCUACUCCAUGAACAUAGAAAACAUUGAGGAGUUGAAGAACUUCAGCUACAGCCAAAUUAGUUCAGUCAGUAGGCCAAUUGACUGCAGAGUGGGAGGCCCAGGUUUGAUUCCCGGGUCCGGACCAAUACUCAGGGUCUUAACAUAACUGAAAAAUGAAGGUACUGCCUUUGCGUUGCAAACAGCAGGCUCAGAUGACCAUGAAAAAUGGUGAUCCCAUCUCCAGUAGGAGAUGUAAAAGUAGUGUCCCCAACUAGUACGUUUCUGCUAAAUACAUUGACACCCAUGUAAAGUGUUUUUUUUUCUUCUUAAUAGCAGGUAGUGGAUAGGGUAUAAACCAAAGCAGAGAGAGAAAAAAAAAGGAGUGAAUCUUUUCUGUUCUGUGCAGUCAAUAAAAUUUUAGUUUCACCAGAAUGUAAAGAUGCUUGUCGAAAAUUGACGAAAAGUACAGAGAAAUAGAUUUACAGCAAGAAGAUAGUCUCUUAGUGUGUUCUUUGUGAAUCCCACAAUCAUUGAUUUUGCUGUAAGUAAAAACUAUAAGAUUUUGACUUAACCUUUGUAGCUGUUGAAAGAGCAAUAACAUAUCAAGGAACAGGGAGGAUACCUGGAAUCUGGGAAGAGAAUGCUUCAGAUGUGAUUGUAAAUGAAGACAGUGAAGAAGAUUCUAAAAGACUCCAGUCUUCAGAAGAUGAGAGCAGUGUGGAUGAGGAUGAUGAGAAGAAAGCUUUUAAGGAAAAGCUCUACACGUUCAUGAAGGAAAAGGGUAGGCAUGCUUUCUAAUGCAGGGCUGGUAUUAAGUUUAUGAUUAUAGAGGGCUUUAGAUUCCCAGACAAGGAUGACUUCUAGAUAAAUAUUUUCUCAAUACAAACUAUCAGUUUGGUGGCAAAAUGCUAUAGCCUUUUCACUGUACUAAGGGGUUUUAGCGAAUAUUUGGUAGUGACAGAAACAAGUUAUCUACAGUUUUAUCAUUUUGAGAUCGGCAAAGGGCUCAACUUCUUUCAAUAAAAAAUAACCGUGUAAACUUUUUUGGUGAAAAAAAGUUUUAAAAUGAAGCUUUCAGCAGUGUCUACUUUGUGAAAAGUCCCCAAAAAUAAGAAUACAAUCUUGCCCUCGUAGUUAUCCUUGUCCUGAAAUCUAAAGGUCUCUUAUGGGAUCUAUCAGGGGAGUAGGGUGGCUGAGAACUUUUUCUUUUAACCAUGUGAUCUGGGUUCAAGUCAUGGGUGAACACCUCAUGUAGGUUGAGUUUCUUGUUGGUUCUCUUUUUAUCCCUGAGAAGUUUUUUCCUGGUAUUUUGGUUUUGUUCCCUCCUCAACAAUUAACUGUUCCAAAUUCCUUUAUGUGUUUACAUAUUGCCCUCCAAAUUCUGCUAAAGUGAGAGUUAAUGAUUGUAAUUUUUUUUUGACAUUGUCAUUAUUAUUUGUUUUUAUUUUAGGAACACCUAUUUCAAGACCUCCAGUGCUUGGAAAUCAAGAUUUAGAUCUUCACCGGCUUUAUAAAAUAGUCCAGGAACAUGGUGGCAUGGAAAAGGUGGCUAUCAAAUAACAGUUAACUAAAAAUUAAUUUCUGGAUUGAUUGAAGGGGUGCAAAAUAAGGAUGUGAAACUGAUGUAAUGUCAAAUUCAACUCAGGCAAUUUGAAGACUGUCUAAUGGGGGGUUAUGUAAGACUGGCAGAAAAGUUCUGUUGUGGGACAAACUAGAUGAUUUCAUUUUGUCUUGAAGAUUCCACAUAAAACUUUUCAUAGUAGCAUUACCUUCACAAAAGCAUUAUUGAUUUCAGAGGCCCUGAAUUUUCCCAAUACUAGAUAGCCUUAAAUUAGCUUUCAAGUUUUUUUUUUCUCCACAUCAGUGCAUUUUUAAACGGUUUUAAUUCAUGAGAUUUCUUUAGGAUUUUUAUAUGGUCACAUGCGAUUUGAGAUCAGUCAUGCAAAAUUGCUACAUGGCAUAAAUAUCAGAAACCCUGAGGAUAGAAGCUUAGAGAACCUAGUAUUUUACCACGAGGUUCUUGGGGCUUUUUUUUUUUUCUCAUGGGCGAAAAAGAUCAUCUGAAACAAUGAGCUUGGCAAGAGGAUCUGUGUUGGCUUGCAGAAGUUAGUUUUAUUUAGCAAGUGUAUUUAUUUUGUUUUGUCUAUUUUCAUCAACAUUCUAGGUCUCAACUGAGCAGUCCCUCUGGAGGAAAAUUUAUCGGCAGAUGGACAUUCCUGUUGUUCCACCAAGCGCAUCACAUCAUAUUAAAAUGGCUUAUAAAAAGUAUGAUGCAUAGUACACUUGUCAUACAUGCCAUUGUUCUUCCAUCUGUAUCAAUUUUUUCUUCUUUUUCUUUUUUUUUUUGGCUUGAUGCAUAGUAAAAGAUUUCAUAUAUUGCCUUUUUGUUACUGAGUAUUAUUUGGCACGUGGAUGUGUGUUGUUGAAAGCUCUGUUUCCUGCCAUUGUUCUUUGUGAAAGCCAUAGUUGCUGUCCAACGAUCACUAGAGGAUACUAAUUUCAUAGGAAUUUCUUUAAACCUGCGAAUAAAGUGUGUUAUUUAUUUAUUUAUUUGUUUUUUUAAUUUUUUCACACUUAAAUAAUGAGUACUAAAACCACAAAUUACUUUAAACCACUACAGAUCAACGAAACGAAAAACAUCCAAACAAAUUUAAACAUAUCCUUAAUAAGACUAUUAUCACUUCUCAGAAUGUCCUCAUACAUGUAUAUUGCCAGUGGGAAUGUGCUCAAUAUUGCAUAUCUCUUUUUUUUUGUUUGGUAGAUAUCUUUACCCCUUUGAAGUUCAUGAAAAAGAAACCCUGAAGCCCUCAGUUAAAGAGGAAGUUAUUGAAAGGAAUUCCCGCGACAAAAAUAUCAAGCCUGAAAGUCCAGAGAGUCCUCCAGAUAGCAGUGAUGAGAAACACCUGGAAUGUUUAGAGCCCUCGCUAGAUAUUGACGAAGAUCAUGAAGAGGUCAUAGUCAAAAAACAGAGUACAAGGAUCAAGGAGAUGAAACGACAGCAAAGCCGGGACCUUGAAAACAGCAUGCUUAGUGAGUCCCAGACCAAGAGCCCAGAGGAAGACGUGUCAGUUGAUGUCGUCAAUAGCCCCGAGUCCUCAUCUGAUGUUAGCGAACCACAGUCAGAUAGCAAAUCCGAUAUUCCUGUUGAUGAAAAUACUUUUGAAGUAGGUGAUAAGAUUCAAGUCAAGUAUGGACGGGGAAGAAAUCACAGGCUUUAUGAUGCCAAGGUAAGAUAUUCAACAGUAAAGUUUUACCAUCAAUUCUUGAAAUGGCUCAAGAAUUUUGGCCAUGAUUCAAAUGUACGUAAAAUUUUUAGGCCAUCGUGCAGCCUUGUAGUGUGCGGCGAGAAUCUCGCAAGAGUGUGUCAACUUACUUUUCAGUGGUACUGUAUGUAGUACUUCCUAGAACUGCUGAUAGUACAAUUUAUUUCCUUAAGCUCUAAUUAUAACUUCAAUCUGUAAAUUACUACUAGUUUCUUAAAGCCAUCUGUUGCUGUUCAGUUCUACUAAAUAAUUAUUAUUGCAUUAUGUUCAGUGAAAGUAAACAGUAAACUUCUUUGAGCUGGCUUGAUUUUGUGGGCAGAUUGCAGCAGUCCUUUCGUACCCGAGUAUUUUAGGUCAAGUUCAGACUGUCCUGAAGCAUUGACUUACAAAAUACGCACUUUAAACAGUGAAAGUUUAAAACCAGUACAGUCUAUUAAUCUACACUCUUUUAGGAAGUUUACUGAUUGCAUUCUUACAGUGCACAUGUUUUAUUUUAGAUUAUCCACAUUGAUUCAGAGGCCAAUGAAGGGACACUAUACUGCAUUCAUUACGCAGGAUGGAAUAACAGGUAUGAAACAUUAUACAUUAAAAAUUCUUCAGGUUUAAAUUUCAUUGGAUUAAGAAGAAACGACUGGGAAUUCUUGGUUGCUGAUAGUGGGGGUUCUUAGUUUAUAUAGAGGAUGGGCGAUAGCAAUUUUUGUUUUUUUGGGGGGGAAGGGAUCUUUUUCUGAUGGGUCUUAGGGGUAGAUUUAUUGAAAAGUUUCCCAAUGUGGCUGAAGGAUGGGGGCUUUCAAAUAUUGCAAGGGAAAAAACCUUAUAUCACCAUAACCCCUGUCGAUACAAUUAUGAAACCUUCCCGAAAUCUCAUGUUGUGACGUGUGUUUCCUUGAAGGUAUGAUGAAUGGAUAAAACCUGAGAAGAUUGCAGGCUGGGGAACCAGGCAAACCAGAAAUAGAACUGGUAAUGUCGGCAAAGUUCAAGAUUCCAAGGCAACUCCAAAGCCAAUGACACGGCCCACUGCUAAACCUGCAGGCAGACGGUCAUCUAAGGCAGCAGCAGUAGUGCCGGCACCUGUCAAGGAAGUUAACACCAAGCAGUCACCAGCAUCAAACAUAACCAAGAAUUCAUCAAAAAGACCCUGUUCACCUUCAACAAGGUCCGGCUCAUUGUCUCCAUCUCUUGGAAAGUCAUCUAAGACAAGCUCUGGGAGAGGAACUGCCCGCACAAGGUCGGAAAGGAACUCUUUGACAGAGACGUCAAAUGGACUGGAUGAAGGUAUGGACAGGAAUAAUUAUGAUUCUCCUAGAAAAAAAAUGUGUUUUUAUAUUAUGUGUGUUAAAAUCAUAACAUGAUAAUUGAAAGGAGCAUUACGGUGUCUGUGUGUACAGUCGACUCCCGAUAAUUCGAACCUUCAAGGGAACUAGAAAAAAGUUUGAGUAUUAUGUAGAAAUCGAUCUGAAAGGAAAUUGAAAUUGCUUCGAGUUAGUGGGAAGUUCAAGUUAUAGAAGGUUCGAGAUACUGGGAGUUGACUGUACAAUGUAAAAAAUUUUCCCCUCUUUGAACUUCUGUUGAAUCCUUAUAAAAGUUAACUCCGAUAGUCCUGUAUUGUAUCUUUCCAUCGUGUAACGGUUGCCAAAAUAUAAUGUACAUGUGUUAUUAAUGCAUAUGAGCACUAGUAAAAAUUUUUUGUUGUUCAACAAUGCCUUUUUUCCGUUUUCAGUGAAAAGUCCAUUAUCAAGAAGGCGGCAAAAAUCAGCUACCCCAGAACCUUCUUCCCUUGGUAAGAUAAAAAUUAAUGCCAUGGACACUAUGCUAUUCACAGUGCGUAAAUUAAAGGAGCUUUGUUGUGGCUGUUGAUUGCAUUUUGUUAAUAAUGCCAAUAAAGCAUCCUUAUUUCCAAUGAAACUUGAGGAAUUACUUCUGAAUGACAAGUUCGCAGCUUUGUGUCAGACAAAUUAUUAUGUCCCCCAGGUAUUACUUCAAAUGUAACUAUUUAACAAUGAAAAUGAACUUUGAAAAACCAUUAGGCUAACAAGUUUUCCAAACACCCAACUGCAAUCUGUUUCAAUCUUGUUCAAGUGUGUCCAUGCAUGUGUUCUUUUAUAUUUAUUUGCCGUGUUAUUAUUUUUAUCCGUUCUUUUCAUGGUUUUAUGUUUCACUGAAUUUAAUGGCGGUUCCUUCCUGAAUUGUGAUAAAUUUUGUGACACGGCUCCUUUAAAAGCAGAACAUACAAGCUCAACAAGUUAUGAUUAGAUUGUCAUUGCUCAAGUUUAGUUGUAUAGUGAUGGUGUGCGGUCUGUUUUUCCUGAAAUGCAGGGUGCAAAGAUAGUCAGUUUCACAGCUUGCAUUUGGGCUGGCUGUAGCUAGCAUGCACUGGCCCAAAAGUCAUUUCAUUUCAAAACUAGGGAGGAGGAUUGAUUACGGUUCUUCUGUAGUUUGAAUUCUUCAAAAAACCACUUGCCCGUUGAGCAAUUUAAGAACAGAAUUCAGUAGCCUUAUAUCAAAAUCCACUAACACUGGGCUAUCAGACAUGCAUUUCUCUGCUCGCUGAAAAGGAGUGUCAUAGUUGGGCCCAUAAUAUAGGGUUAGAUUGAACUGUUACUAAGGCUCUUAAAUAGAGAAUUGAACCCCAUUUUGCUUUAUUUAACAAGACUGCAUCUGAUCAGUUCCUGCUUUUAACAUUUAUAGUGGUUAUAGGCUCUAACUAGUAAUUAAAAGGUCUGUGUUUUCUCUCCCCCUUACAACAUGGGUGUGUACACAGUCAACCCUACUUUUUACAUAACAAUGGUUAGCAGACCUUGUAAUGUACUUACCCACCCUCUUCAUGUGGGGGAGCAAGAGUGGCGCAGUGGAGAGAGCACUCGCCUCCCACCAAUGUGGCCUGGGUUCAAAUCCCAGCGUCAAUGCCAUAUGUGGGUGGAGUUUGUUGCCGGUUCUCUCCCUUGCUCCGAGAGGUCUUUCUCUGGGUACGCCGGUUUUCCCCUCUCCUCAAAAACCAACACAUCCAAAUUCCAAUUCGAUCUGGAAUGCACGGACACAUUUAAACGAGUUCAUAUCAACUCUUAAGUGCUUUGUGGGUAAAAAAAGCAAAAAAGCAAUGUCUUUUAGCGGCAACUCUUGUUGUGUUUGCAACUUUUUCCCUCCCUUACUUAAUGUGGUAAUAUUGUGUAAUAUUUAACUUUUGAAGUUCCCUAUAGUUCACAUGCAGAUGUCAGUACUUAUUAUAAGAAUCAUUUUUCCAGACAUUGUGGGCUUAAAAGUAAUCUUUUUUUCUUUCAGAGCAACAACACAAACCUGUAGACUUAGUAAACCAUAUUCAACCAAUUCCUGAAGCUGUCCCUGAGGAAACUGAUAAGAAAACAGCAGAAGAAAAGAACAAUUCAGUGCCAAGCGGUAACAUCGAGGAAAAUCAUAACAGCCCCGCUCCUUGUGAAAAUGGAGUACUGUGUGAAGUUCCUGAUGCAGAGCUAAAAUCUGAGCAGAGCUCAAAUAACUCCAGUGGGAAAAGAAAAGAUAAGCAUAAAAGAGUUGUUAAUGGUUUAGUAAGGAGUCUUAGAUCUCCCGAGACAGUAGUUAAAGAUUCUGAAGACACCAAAGGAUUAUGCCCUGAACCAAAGAAGAUAAAACUAGAACAUGAAAGUACCAUGCAAGAUACAGAAGUAGCACAAAUUAUGAGCGAUGGUACUUCAAUUUCAACUCCUAGUCAACCGCCGCAAACGAAGGGUACCCCAACUGCUGUGGAAACUGUUUCAAAUUCUUCGGAGGAAAUGAAACCAAGUGUUGUUAAUGAUGCAUUGGCAUCAAGUUCAGGACAAUGUGGCAAUCACGAAGAAAAGGUUAAUGCGCCAGUUGAGAAUAACUCGAUGGAUUCAAAUGUUAAGAGCUCUGAACAUGAUAAAAAGGAAAAAGAUUGCAAAAUGGAAAAGAAAAAUGCUGAACACCAUCAUAGGAAACAUAAGAAGAGAAAAGAGAAAAAGAAGCACCGUCACGCAUCUGGUAAUGAUAGUACUGGUAGCGAUGCUCCUGGUAGUCCUAUGUAUAAUCAGCCCUUGGGGGUGUUUCCGUCCCCUCGGCGUCCAAGAAUUUCAUUUGACAUGGAUUUAGGUGAGGCUACAGGAAUAAAAGUUCUUUCAAAUUAAUUUAAAUACGUAAUUACUAUUCUCUUUUCUUAUGGGGCCUUUCAGGGAUAAUGAAACAAAGCAUUCUAAAGGAACAUAACAUGGUUAAGAAUUCCAACCGGUAGAGGGCCAACCGGUUGCAAACAAUUUCAAUUUCAUGUGUGGCCAAGGAUCCUAGUUUAUUUUGAGAGUAUUGUUCAGAGUUUUUUGCAGUGUUGUUGCAGAAUUGUGUGUGAUUGUCAUCAUCAUCAUCAUCAUCAUCAUCAUCAUCAUCAUUGCUGAGCUCAGUUUCUUCAAAGAGCAUUGUUCAAAGUUUUUAUUGCCAAUUAUCUCCUUAUAUUAUUUUCAUGUGUCAAUGUUUUCAUUAUUAAUUUUUUCUCCCAUUUCAGAGGAAAUUAAAGCAAAAGAGGAUGGUUGUGAACGAAUCAAAUUACUUCAGGAUAAAAUCAAUGAAAUGAGGAAAGUUUAUAGUAACCUAAAAGCUGAAGUGGCGAGCAUUGACAGGAAGAGAAAGAGACUUAAGAAGAAAAGAGGUAGGAGUUUUGUUGUUGUUUUGUUGUUGUUAUUGUUGCAGGGUUCGCACAAUCUUUUGUACGGGGAGUCCUUGAAAAGUCCUUGAAUUCCAUCUUUCUUUGAAAAGUCCUUAAAGUUCUGUAAAAGUCCUUAAAAAGUCCUUGAAUUUUCUUCAGCCUUUUUACAUGUAUAUCAUGGCUGAGAGAAGUUAAAGGUGAUUUACAUAAAGGUUUUUUUUUUUUGCUUUAAGCAAGGAUUAACUAUCAAUUUAAGACAAGGGAACUGAAAGUUGUAGAGAAGUUGGUGGAGCAAACAGUUCAAGGCUUAAAGUCCUGUUAGAUUGGACCGGAAAUGUGCAUUUUUGUACAGUUUGUGAAAUUACAUUCCUACAGUAGCCGAGUGUCCUUGAAAGUCAAAUGUGGUCCUCGAAAAGUCGUUGAAAAGUCCUUCAAAAACGGUUGCAGUUUUUGGUUUGAGCCCUCUGCUGGUGAAACUAAGUUGAUUCAAGAAUCUAUGAGUUACCUUUCAAGUUUGUUGUUGGGGGAAAUUUUGUCUUCUUUUUGUUUAACUCUUCAUACAUUACUGGUUAGCAAACAAUACACCAAAGAGAAAAAUUGAAUUCCAAUAUAUGUAUUUAUUUUUAUGAGCCAAAGGGAUUAUGCAUUAAUGUGUUACUUUAAUUUCUUUUAAAGAGUGAGUUUGAAGUUUAGUUUACUCACCUCCACUUCUCCACUGCUUUAAAACCUUAAAGGGGGGCUGAAAUUCUAAGGUUUUACUGAGCAGCCUAUGCCUGGUCCAAAUGUUGGCCAUUGUGAUGGGAAACACACAGCAAAUCAAUAAAAAUAUUAAACAUUGAAGCAAGUAAUCAAAGAAAAGCAUACUAUGUUCAGCAAAAAAUAUACCAGCACUUGGAACAUCAAAGGCAUGGGAGCCUAUGGCAAAUUUGGAGGAUAAUUUCUUAUAUUUGUUAUUAUUUUUGUUGUAUUUUUUUUUUAAAUGAACAGAAGCAACAGAAUCUAUUGAAGGUCAGGAUGUACACAAGUCUCUUCAGUCAUCAUCAUCAUCAUCAUCAUCCUCACAUGCUGUUCCUUCUCCCAGCGUCCCACCUGUUGAGUGUAGAUAACAAGCAUAUUUUCUUGCUGCUGUAUAAAGCUUGAUUGUGAGUCCCCUUUACAGUCAUGGUACAUCUUAUAUGUUGCUAGUAAUGCAGAUGGAGUUGAAACACUACUUUUAAAUGAGCCUUAACAGGGUGAAAAAUUAUUGCUUGUGAAUGAGUAAUCUUUUUAUUGUAUUCUUGAAGAUUUUAUCAAAUAAUAUAUCUUUUCUAAUAAAACUAUUAAUACACUUUCCAUCAUGCUUAAACUUUACAAGUUUGACUUUGAAGGUUGCCUGCAUGCUGGAAGGUAUCUUUACCCUGUUUUAUGGCCGGUUAAGAAAGUACAUUUUCCAUCCAAAUUGCUAAGAGAUGCAUGGGUCCUAACUCAAGCAAAAUAAUUAUUAUUAUUUAAUGUGGAUUUCUUUAAUAUUAAUUAUUGUAAAGUAUUUGAUGCAAAGAAAUAUUGGUUGUUGUACCAAUAACGUUUUUAUCUGUACUUGUAAUUAUAUACUAAGAGAACAAUAUGUGCAAUGUUAAAGAAUCAACUCUUGUAUUUACUGGGAAGUGAUGUGUGACUUGCUACAGUGUUGCCUUGGUUACCACCAGUGAGCCAAAGAUGAAGUUAACUCAUCACCACCUGUUUCGAGUAGUAUGUAGAAGCCUGAGCAUCAAAAGUAGAUUAGUCCGUUUGAACUAUAGAUUCUAGUCUCAAAAGGUCUCAGAUAUAUCAGUGUUGUAUCCUUCAACUCUAUCGCAUAGUCUUCAUCAGCAGUGAACUCUCACUGUUGUCAUGUGAAUUAAAAAUCACUGGAAGUUGAUAACCCUUAUCUCCAUUUAGUACUCAAAAAUCUGAGGCCUUUUGAUACUAGAAACUAUUUUUCAAAUUUCAAUAAUGAGCAUUUAUGGAAUUACCGGUAGAUUAUUCCGGGAUCUUAAACAAAGACGUUUUAGCAACAGGACGGGAACGUCAGUUAACGACGGGAAAACGUGCAGAAAGGACUAAACACGACGUCCGGUGCUCAAUUUGCCGCUCUGCCAUUGGUCAAGCCAGUUGUUUGAUUUGCACGCGCCGUCGUCAACUGACGUUCCCGUUUUGUUGCUAAAUUAGCCUAGUAUUUAUGUGGUGAGCGGAUGCUUCAGGGUGCCCGAUGGCUUCUGGUGAAUUUCUACCAGUAGACAACUAUGAUGCUAUUAUUUUCAGAGGAAUACCUGCCCGACCACAUCUAAAGCUUUUGGAGGUGAAAAAGGGUUAUCUCUUUCUGUGUCUUCCUAACUUUUAAACUGGACUGCAAGUGUUGUAAUAUAUUGUUGAUGUGGUUGUGGCCCUCAUUCAAGCCAUGUUACCAUCUUCCGCUGUUUCUGUUUAAAACUCUUUUGCUUGUUGAAGCCAGUUGUUUUCAUAUCGUGAUAAUUCUUGUCACUGUUUCUAAAUACUCCCAACCCAGGCAGGUUGAAGCUUGAAGCCAAAAGUGGUCGUGUGAUCUCCUAGGUUACGCGGCUGUGUGACAUGACUCCCACAUUCCUUUUAUGUUGCAGAGUGCAAUAAUUAGUGACAAUGCUCUGUCACUUAAACUGUAAAUGAUUGAAUAAUUUUGUUUGUAUACAUUUAGUCAGAUUGUAUUUCAGUCCAGAAUCAGUUUAUCAAAAUAGAUGUCUAUUUAUGAAGGCCUUUGGCGCUGCUUAUUUUUUAUUUACUUGAUCCAAAAGAAACUGAAAUACUCCACGGUAUAAAAAGGUAAAUUAAACAGUAUUUUAAGCUUUUAAGGUGAUCAAAAUGUUUCAAAUAAGUCGACCCUUAAAAUAUGUUCAAGACUAUUUUUAUCUUUAUUACUCUUUUUGAUCAAAAGGUCUUUUCUGUUUUCUUUCUUUAGUUUUUUUUCUUUCUUCUCUUAACUGUGCGAGAGGUCUUCAAUCUAUUUAACGUCCCCGAAGUUGUUUAGGCCAGUGUAUGAGCUGAAUAUUUUUUAUUAAACAUUGGUCUUAGAUCGUCGUAAGUUACAUAAAGAGUUAGUUUGUGAAUAGGAAGCCGUAUUUGAGUAAUAUUUACAAAAUGGAUGCUGACCUUCGCUAUUUUGUCUUAAUAUACCUGGGUAGAAAAAGGUCUUUAGUUCGCUUAUAUUUAGUUAUAUCACGUGACUUACAGUCUCUCGUUAUCACUUGCGUAAUAUCCAGGACAAACAUGCUACACAGAUAUCAACGAAAACGGGCUCAUUCAGCUGGUGAAAGCAACGAUAAUUAUUCUGGUAAAUAACUAUCUGAGCGGUGUAAAAGAAAGUUUUUAAUGUAUUCCUUACAUAUUCAUACAUGUACCGGUUAAGAGUAAAGCAAAUUAUUUGGUAGAAUUGUUGUAAAGGUAUUCCGCAGUGCGUGGGUGGCUACGUCAAUGUGUUUGCAACAUUUUUAAGCCUUUUUAUUUUAUGAUGUAUUUUAACAGUACCCUCAUCUAAUUUAUUCCCCGUGGAUUGUGAAUAAAGAAUUCUAUGCUCAAA